CGAGAAGUCUCGUGGGGUAAGACCGCCUGCUCUCUUGUCAAUGAACGGUAAGGAAACGGCUGAGAUUAUCCUUUCACAUCUUCAAUCAAACAUAUUUCUAAGACAUCUGAACGUCUACGAUGAAGAGAAUUCUAUCACACUCGGCGAGGAGGGCAGUAGCUCCCUCGCUCAGGACCCCUCGCUCCCUCGCGGUCUGUGUGCAACGGUCCUACUCAACACACGCACCAAACGCAAAGCUGAACGUCCCCAUCGACUACUCCACGACCUCUCUCCUAGCCCACGAACCCCAGACGGCCCUCUCCAGCGCGGAGCUACCGCCCAAAGUCCGCGAUGGUACGACGAGGAAAAUGAACCUCUUCCAGGCCAUCAACGACGCCCUCUCGACUGCGUUAGGCCAAGACCCCUCAGUCCUCGUAUUCGGCGAGGACGUAGCAUUCGGCGGCGUCUUUCGUUGCACCAUGAGUCUGGCCGACACGUACGGUGCUAACCGCGUCUUCAACACCCCGCUCACCGAGCAAGGCAUCAUGGGAUUCGCCAUUGGCGCCGCGGCGGAGGGGAUGCGGCCUGUCGCCGAGAUUCAGUUCGCCGACUACGUAUACCCUGCAUUCGACCAACUCGUCAACGAGGCGGCCAAGUACCGGUACCGCGAAGGGAGCUGCGGACGCAGCGCCGGCGGUCUCACAGUGCGCAUGCCGUGCGGCAGCGUCGGGCACGGCGCCUUGUACCACUCGCAGUCACCCGAGAGCCUGUUCACCCAUAUCCCCGGCCUGCGGGUCAUCAUCCCCCGGUCGCCGCUGCAGGCCAAGGGCCUCCUGCUCUCGGCCAUUCGGAGCAACGACCCGUGCGUCUUCAUGGAGCCCAAGAUCCUGUACCGCGCGGCGGUCGAGCAGGUGCCCACUUCACCGUACACGCUUCCGCUUUCCAAAGCGGAGAUCUUGAGGGAGGGGAAAGACGUUACCGUCAUCUCCUACGGUCAGCCGUUGUACAUGUGCAUGUCGGCCAUAGAGAAGGUGGAGGAAGAGCUGGGGAUCUCGGUUGAGCUGAUCGACCUGCGGACCAUAUAUCCCUGGGACAAGGAGACGGUGUACGCGAGCGUGCGCAAGACUGGCCGCUGCCUUGUGGUGCACGAGGCCAUGGUGAACGCCGGUACGGGAGCGGAAGUGGCGGCGGCGAUUCAGGAAGACCCGGACACCUUCCUGCGACUAGAGGCGCCAGUUGCACGAGUGGCGGGGUGGAGCAUCCCGACGCCUUUGAUGUUUGAGAAGUUCAACAUUCCGGAUGUCGCAAGGAUAUAUGACAACAUCAAGAAGGUCUUGGAAUAUUGAACGGGCCAAGUGCUGGAAAUCCUUUCCAAGGGCAUGGUGAACUGGAGAGGGCCUGGUCUCCGGGAUACAUCAUAGAAAAAUGACGAAUAAUAGAUGACAGCCUGACAGCCAGCUUUGUAAUUAGUUAGUGAUGGUCGGUCGACUUGCCUGUGCAGGGGCAUCGAGAGAAAGCAAGCUCAUAUGAUCGUUUGCGAAGUGGGCCAGUCAAUUGCGCAGAUUUUUCAUAAGCCAUACUGCAGCACACUGCAUUGUAAAUGAGGACCGAUCCUAGGAUGAGAGCUGUGAUUAGGAACGCGAAGA